AUGCUCGAGCGUGCUUCGACAUGCCUCGAAUCUGGCAGACGUCAGCUCCUUUGCGCCCCCAAGCCAUGUCUUCGCCCUCGACGCAUGCAGCACUCGCAAUACUGGCACCACCCUGCCAGCGACCUCGGCCCGCCCGUCUGCUGGCCUGCUCCUUCGAGUCGACGACAUGCACCCACACCCACGACUUGCCGUGUAGCUGACCGGCCCAAAAAGAAGACCCUUCCCCCACCUACACGACAAAGCAAUGGCCUGUUGCUAGACUUUCUGUACCCAGAACAGACGCUUGUCUGGCUGAAGCGACGGUCUUCCCACGGUGGAUCCACUGCUCUCGAGCCCCGACGCCGCCACUACUCGACCGCCACGAAAACCUUGUCAGAGGUAGAGAAGAGUGACGAAGAGGCAGCUAUAGAAGAGGCAGAGGCACAGGCUGGACUGAAGUCAAUGCUGCAGUGGUCUACCCCCUUUGCGGAGCUGCGGCGCAUUCUCAACGAGCGUCCACCCGGGAAACAAGAGCUCGCCUGGCUCUUGUACAACGCCAUGUCUCCAGCAGACCACGCGCAUAGUCAAUAUCAUUUUCCCAAGGACCUUAUAGAGUAUCUUGCGCAGGAUGGUCCCCCGUCUCCCAGUAGGGUGGUCGACCUCUUCGACCAAAUACCCCCUAAAUGGCGUCGACCCACCUCUUUUCGCUUUGCCGUCGAGGCCUACGUAACACUCAAAUUGGUCGGUCCUGCCAUCCAGCUGCUCGAGCGCAUGGACCCCAAAAGGGAUUGGGACAUGCUCAACAUGGGACUUGACCUCUUAUUGCGGCAAACCGUUCUAGACGAGCAAUGGGACCUCAGCCUUCGUGUCUUUAGGAUCUUUCUCAAGAAUACCGAGCAGGUGCGGGGUAAGCCUGUAUAUCGGCAGAUCCAUUUCGGAGAUACAGUGCCAGAACUAUGGAGACAAGUACAACAAAUACCCGGAUUGCUAGACUACGUCGACUCGUUUCUCUAUCACGUCCGCCAGUACAAGGACGAACUUACGGCAUCCAAAGUCAAGCGAGAGACUCUAGCACACUUCACCAUGACCUUUAUACCCAGCGCCAUGGAUCGUCUCAUCCACAGCGAAGAUCCCGACGAGAAUUUCAUUUGGACCUGGUUCAAGAAACUAUUCGACGACAUGCAUGCAACUGGUAUUCUGCCAACGACGGCCUGUUAUGAGCACGCCAUUACGGAGAUGCUGAAAUUACCACGCUAUCGAGAUUACACCAACAAACGCAAGAUUUGGCUCCAGCUCUACAGAGACUACAGAGAGGACUAUCUCGAGCGCGCCAAGUUGCCAGUUCCCACUCAAAAGCCAUCACAGGCUCUCAUCGGCCAGCUCAUCUAUUACCAUAGUCUACACAACGGGCUGAAAAGGAUAAUGGAUCACGUUCAGGAUUUGCGUGAUUGGUAUCCCGGCAAGCCUUUGCCAGCUCCGAUGCUCUUGCACUUGAUAUACACCUUUGCUGAACAUGGGGAGCAUGCUCGGGUGGAAGAAUUCUUUCAAGAGCUUCAGGCACACUAUCCAAAAGAUCUGGACCUCAAGAUUUUGUCAGCCUUGCUUUACGUUCAUGCUCGGCGUGCCGAUGUUGAGCAGACUCUUGCGCAAUUUCAGCGAAUUCAAGACGAAUUCAAGCUUGUGCCUGAUAUUUAUUGUUGGAACAUCCUGAUAUUGGCCCAUGUCCGCGCGGACGACCUCGAUGGAGCUCUCGAAUGUUUCAAUGGUUGUCUGGAUCGUGGUCUCAAGCCAGACGCGAAAACCUUUGGUCCUUUGCUCGACUUUUCGGCCCACCGAGGAGAUGUCGAAGCAUUUGAAACACUCUUCUCGAAAGCAAAGCAGGUGGGCGUCGAUUUGAAUUCCGAUGUCCGAGCCAGGUCUGGCUAUGUCGAGUGUUUUUUGAAUGCAGGCGACCCAGAAGGUGCCAUUGCAAUUGCCGCGGGUAUUCUCAAGAGCUGGCAAGCUGGAACCCUUCAAGGAGGCCAACUUACUCACACCUGGAAUCUUUUGAUACAGCACUAUGCGCUGAACGGUGAUCUUGCCAAGGCACGCGAGUACUACAGACAAAUGAUUGAGAAUGACAUUCCGCUUGAUACCUGGACAUAUGGCAGUCUGAUGCGAGCUCUGGUGCAAGUCAAGCAAACGAAUGCUGCUUAUAAGAUUCUACGGGUCACAAUGCCACAAUAUAACCUCCGAGUUCACGGGUUUCAUUACGCCAUCGUCAUGGCUGGUUUCAUGCGAGAGGGCCAACACAAACUUGCAUCGGCUGCCCAGGCCAGAAUGGCUGAGCGACAAGUACCGCAAACACCCAGUUCAAACAAAGCAACACUGCAGGUCCUCGGUGAAAGCGACCUCAAGAAACUAGAGGAGCGAGGAGCGAAACAUACCAAUUACAAGCUGUUGAAGGUCGAGGAAGCACUCCAAGAAAUGCUUGUCGCAAAUACAAUCCGCGCAGGUGCGAAUCGUGAGCCACAAACUUCCAGAUAUAUUGAUCCACAUGACAUCAACUCGCUCCCUCAGUCCUAUUAUGGUUCCUUGAUCUCACUUUACACGACUCGUUCAGCGUACGCCAUCUGCAAAAGACUGUUCAACAAGGCAAUGGAAGCGGCGCCGGAUGUAGAGGACAACGCCCUCCCGACUACCCUCACCGUCGCCAUUAUGCAAGCCCACUUCAAAGCAGGCAAGCAUGCCGAGGUCGCCAGGAUAUGGGAACUUGCCCGCACUUCCGCUAAUAAACUCACCAAAACCCUCAGCCAGGUCCGCGAAGAAAGCUCAGGUGAUACAGAUCCCGCCUCUCUCUUCAGUCCGGUCGUCCAACAGCGCUAUGAAGAGUCUCGCAUCGCCAACAAUCGCCGCCACAUCCUUGUCAAACCCUGCCGUAUAUACAUGCGCAGUCUCUUCGCUCAAAGCCAAGCUGAAGUCAUACCAAUUGCAUCUGCCACAAUUCGCAGUCUUCUCAUCGACGGUUAUACAAUCGACAACUUGACCUGGAAUGAGUUCAUCCAACAACUUGUCUUACACUCGCACCUCCUCGAAGCUUUCAAAGCCUGCGAGGAAUAUCUCAUGCCGCGCUUUCCCGGCUGGCGGAACCUUACGCCAGGCUACAGGCGUAGAAACGUUGAGGGGUACCAGUGGAUGGAAUUACGCCAUUAUGAUAUCAAGAGGGCGAGUGUGCUUCCGAGGUAUAAGACGUUGGUGUUGUUGGCCAAGGCAUUUGCGCAAGUCAAAAGUGAUGAGAGAAACGGGGUGGGUUAUGAUAGGGAGACUCGGAUGUGGUUCAGUAUGCGGUUGAGCGAGGCGGCACCGUUGACGUUGAGGGCCAUUGAGAGUAUGCCCAGGACCAGUGAUUUGCUACAGGAGAAGUACUUUAAUGAUGUGCAUUAG